ACUAGGGAAAACAUCAUAUGCACAAAAGUACCCAUUUUUUUCUGACUUAAAAUGUACUUUAUGAGUUGAAAGGAGUAACUGGUACAAAAUAUACAGAGCCAUGUGCUUUAUUCAUUUAUUUAUUGUCACAUAAAAUACAUGCAGAGAACUUACAUAUGUUUUACUGUACAUGUAUCAUUGUUUUUUCACAAAUAAAUUUUUACUUAGUCUGCACAAAAAAAAAACAUAUGUCACUUCCCAACAUGUAAAACAACAGUAAGAACAGAUCAUGGAACAACAGACUGGUUCAAGAUUGGGAAAGCAGUACAGCAGGGCUGUAUACUCCCACCCAGUCUAUUCAACUUGUAUGCAGAACACAUCAUGCAACAUGCGGGGCUUGAUGAACCCAAGGCUGGAGUUAAAAUUGCUGGAAGAAACAUUAGCAACCUUAGAUAUGCAGAUGAUACCACUCUGAUGGCUGAAAGCGAGGAGGAGCUGCGGAGCCUUCUAACCAAGGUGAAAGAAGAAAGUGCAAAAACUGGGUUGCAGUUAAACAUUAAAAAAAUCAAUAUUAUGGCAACCAGACUGAUUGAUAACUGGCAAACAGUGGAGGCAGUGACAGACGAAACUUCCCCCCACUGCGCAGCUGGUGGAGGGAAGUGGAUUUGCCCCCUCCCAACGAAGGAGAGACUUCUGGAAGGGGGCGGGGCUUCUAGGAAGCUGCCUGCCUCUUAGAUCACUCACUUUUGGAGCUUCGACAUGAGAGGAUGCAAAAGUGGGAGCUCCUGUCUUUCCGACUGGGAGAACGCCGAGGGAAAACUCCUUUCUUCAGUUUUGUAUUUCAGCUUCUGAGUAUGCCACCGAAGAAGAAUGUCGGGGGGCCUAAGGGCAAGGGUCCUGCGAAGAAGGUUCCAGCAAAACGCCCGCCUCCACCAAGUGGUCCUUCAACCGAUGAUGAAGACUCAGCACAGUUGUUGAGAGUGUUGGUCGCCCGCAUUGAGGCUCUGGAAAGAGAGAAAGCAGCGGCUGCUGCUGCGGAGGCGCAGAAGGCUGGUGGGGGCAGUAACACCGGGCUAAUUAAGUCCUUAUUUUCCCGUAUUUCUGCCUUAGAAGGGGAAAGGAGUGCCGCGGUGCCUGUCACUGAUGCGAGCCUGGUUACAUCUACGCCGGUGGCCGCUGAAGCUGUUCCAUCUACUUCGGUGGCAGCAGCUGAGUUGAGAAGUGCCGUAUCCGCUUUAGAACCCACCCUGUUGGCGAGUAGACGACGCGUCCUGAUUUGCGGGCACAGUUAUGUGCACUGGGCAGAGCGACAGGCGCGCAGAGGUCCCUACGGCCAGCAUCUCGGCCUCGCUUCCUUGGCUUUUGUUGAAUGGAGGGGAAGAAGAGGUUUUAAAUGACAUGCACAAGAUCCAAGAAGUGUGGCCUCAUACCGGAUUGGCAUGGUCAGCAAUUAUUCCUCGGCCACGUUGGCCCUAUGGAGACGGUAAAAAAUUGGACAAAGCAAGGAAACGGGUCAAUAGGGCCCUGCGGAAAGUUUUGGAUAAUGGCAUGGGUUACCUCAUGACACCAUUAGAUUCAAUGAUUCGACGAUGUAUCGGACUGAUGGGAUCCAUCUGUCCGAACUGGGCAACCAAAUUUUCUUAGCGGAUCUGCAGAAAGGAAUUAGGGAAAUUCUUUCGAAUUUGGUGGGGGUCAGGAGCUAAAUAGACAUUUGCUCCUGAACUGUGGUGGAAUGCUUAGGGGAAUCUCUUAUUUUGGUGUGCACCACAAGGCACCUCUGUUUUGGUGUUGGCCAGAGGCGUGAAUCCUCGCUUAGGGUUUGUACAGCCCCGGUGAGGGUGAACGAUUAUGGCCUUGGAAUGGGAGACUUUGACCUCAUUUGUUUCGGAGGCAAAACUCUCCAACACAUUCCCCUUUAGGUCAUCCAGGUUUAGAUAGACUGGGGACCUGGUGUUUCGCCCUAAAUUCAGUCUUAAUGGAUGGUCGGGUAUGACCACUAACAUCGGCUUAUGCCUUACCAAAUUCUUAGAUGGCUAAGGAUUUUUGGCCCUAGUUCCAAAUUAAAGUUAAAUAGGUAACUAUCAAUAAAGUUGCCCAGUUUUAAACCCAAGCUUACUUGUCUUGUAUCGUUAUUUCGGAGGGUUGGAGGGCAAGAAACUUCCCCCCUCUGCGCAGCUGGGGGAGGGAAGUGGAUUUGCCCCCUCCCAAUGAAGGAGAGACUUCUGGAAGGGGGCGGGGCUUCUAGGAAGCUGCCCGCCUCUUAGAUCACUCACUUUUGGAGCUUCGACCCACCCGCCCGCCGCUAACAGUAUAGCAGUGUUGUGGUCGCUUAGAGGGGCCGGGUAGGAAUUUUUUCCCUCCCAUGUUCUGGGAGGGUUUUUCGCCUACCCUAUACUGUGUGGAGUGGUAAAUUGGGAGGUGUGGUCAUUUAAUUAGGUGGUCAGCGGAAUGCUUAGGGUAAUCUCUUAUUUUGGUGUGCACCACAAGGCACCUCUGUUUUGGUGUUGGCCAGAGGCGUGAAUCCUCGCUUAGGGUUUGUACAGCCCCGGCGAGGGUGAACAAUUAUGGCCUUGGAAUGGGAGACUUUGACCUCAUUUGUUUCGGAGGCAAAACUCUCCAACACAUUCCCCUUUAGGUCAUCCAGGUUUAGAUAGACUGGGGACCUGGUGUUUCGCCCUAAAUUCAGUCUUAAUGGAUGGUCGGGUAUGACCACUAACAUCGGCUUAUGCCUUACCAAAUUCUUAGAUGGCUAAGGAUUUUUGGCCCUAGUUCCAAAUUAAAGUUAAAUAGGUAACUAUCAAUAAAGUUGCCCAGUUUUAAACCCAA